GGCGACAGUCAUCCUCGUACACUUUGAUCAAACUUACAUGAGUGCACUUGCUGUGUGCGUAAUAAGUGUGUACGUGUGAUAUCCGCUCUCGUCACAAAUCAAGUUUCGUUUUUGUUGGUGGGGAUACAACAGCAGUACAACAGCUCCACACUGGGUGCUUGUGCAGUUAUCAACUUUUGUGGUUGGUGAGGAGGUGUUGGUGAUUUGGAAUUACAGUCAUGGAGUGUCUCCGUGGAUUUCAUGUCUUGCUGUUCUGUACUGCAUUUUUUAUUGUUUCCUCAGCACCUGUUGGAGAACCAGAGGCAAAACUAUCAAAACGGCAUGACUUAACCAGUGAUAAGGAGGAGCUUUUAGAAAAGAUCAAAGACCUGGAGAAUGAACUGCAAGGUCGAAGGUCAAGUCAAGUGCCAGGAGAUGAUAGCCCUGUGUGGGCAGCGGAGCAUCGAAAGAAGGAAGUAGGAGGGAUGUCGACCAGAGAAUGGAACCUUGAAGAGUCACUGCUUAAAAGGGGUUCCAAAUCAGAAGUCGACAAGGAUGAUGAAGAUUCCAGCAAGGAGGCACUGAAACGCUUCUUGGACAGAGAGUUUGAAAGUGGCAAAUUUGUGGAUCAUCCAUUCAGUAAUGGCAAGCAGGGGCAAACACCAGGUGAUGCAGCUAACAAGUUUGACAAAGACGACUUGAUGGCCAUGCUGGAUGAUGUCAGCAUCGACGACCUGAAAAAAUUACUGAGCACCUUCGAACAACACAAAAGAGAUUAUGAUUCAGGAGAUCAAGACGAUGAUGGUGAAGAUGACAACAGUGGUGACAAAAAGGAAGGUCAGGUUGGUGAUGGGGAGACUGAAGAUGGUGAUGAUGAUGGCAAUGAAAGUGGUGAAGUGGAGGGCUUUCUACAAGGCAUCAGUGUGGAGGAAUUGAAGGAGCUUAUUGAAAUAAUUCAACAGAAGAAACAAGAUGGAGAGUUAACAGCAGAGGAUAUGGGUAAGGUAGUGUAUUACCUUAUGACUCAUCUAACCACUGAGGAUCUGCAGGUCAUGUUGGAUGCAUUGAGAGCCAAGAACCAAGAAGAAGAUGAAGGCGACGAAAUGACAGAUGAAGAAUUGGGACAGGCUAUUAAAGAUCUUGUCAGCCACAUCAGUACUGAUCAACUGAAAAGAAUUCUGCUUGCCAUCAGGGCCAGAAAGCAAGAAUUAGAUGCAAGCUCAGAAGAACCAACGGAGUCAGUCAGUAGUGAAGAUGGACUCAGUGACAGAGAACUUAAGCCACAUCUGAGUGAGGAAGAAGUCAUGCAGGCCUUGAUGAAUUUCCUUGCUGGACUGAGUGACGAAGAUUUACAGAACACCAUCCUGGCUGUCAAGAGGAAGAAAACGGCAAUGAAGCACGCUGUAGGUGAUGUAGCAGGAGAGUACCUACAAGGAGACAAGGAUGAAGAUGACGACGAUGACGAUGAUGACACCAGUGAUGAUCUGGGACCCUGUGCUGAAGAGAAACAAGACAUCUUGGACAAAAUUGAGGACGCCAGACUGGCCAACAAACAUAGUGUGGUUGGAGAGGUGCCAAACUGUGAUGGGAAUGGUUUCUAUGCACCCAAACAGUGUUCAGGAUCUAUAUGCUAUUGUGUGGACAAACAUGGAACAGUUACAAAGGGAGAAGCAACGCUUUGGGAGGCUGCAUCAUUGGUAUGCAGUCAAGAGAAUGAUAAUCCAGCAGAUACAAGCAGUGAUGAGUCUGAUGAUUCUGAAAAGGAGUCGUCCUCAUUAGACUCCACUGAUGAGGAAGAUGAUGAUGACAAUGGUGACGAAGAAGCAGAUGAUGAAGAGGAGGCAAAGUUGGAACAGGUAGAGCGAGACCUCCUCGACAUGCUGAAGGAACAAAAACGCCACCAAAUGACCAAGAAUGAGGGACUUAACAUGUGAAAAUGAUUACCACAUUGUGGGCACCUUGCAUAAACCAGUGCAUUUAGCUAUAUAGUUCAUUGCUGUAUAGUGACCCAAACCACAGGUGAUCAGUUUUCUGGCUGAUCACAUUUUUUGUAUAUUUUGCAGUUUGUUUAAACACGAGAAUGUUAGCAUACCAUUUUUUUGGCAGUAUAUUAUGGUGACAUGCUUUGAAUCUAAUACAAAAUUAAAUCUUUGUAUGCAUCACAAUAAGGUGAUUAAAAUUAAUGUCAGGAGCAACGUACAACAAAAAAAGCAUUUUGCUGAGCGAAGCCAAGUAGUUUUGGUUUUCAAAAAUUACUGACAAUGUGCAUAGUUUAAUACCUGCAGUGCACCUGAAGACAAAUGUAUUGGUUGAAACUGCAUUAGUUGUUAUAGUGCUCCCAUGGUUAGAUUUGUUUGGUCAGCAUUUGUAGAGGUAUUUGUAGUCUGUAUAUAGUGUGUUGUACAUAGCUCAACAUGACAGAGCAAUACUAAAAGGUUUCACGAUGGGUAAUUUUGCUGGGCACAAAAAA